CCGCCAUGUGCGGUAAAUGCCAGUUAUCGAAGAAGAAUAGCCUAAGCGCGAUAACUCCCCUGUCCUCAACCAAAUUUCCAAAAUAGCCACAAGUCUUAAAUGCGCUUGCGCACACAUCCUCUCCGCUCGACGAUUUUGAUCAGACAGCAUCGACAGAAAAAUCACCUCCAAGUUGCAACCCAUUACGUGGAUUACUAUAUUGUACAGGUAUCGUUCCACCGGUCAUCGAAACAUGCUCCGUGCAAAAAGGACUACAAAGUCUCCAUAUGCCAGGCCCGGCCGAGCUCAAGCUGCCACCAAAAAGGCCAAAGCAUCCAGGCCUACAAGCACCGUGACUCAACCGAACCAGGUCACCCCUGCUGCAAGCACCGUGAAUCGACCGAACCAGGUCACUCCUGACGCCAUACCUCCAGCCUUAUCAAAUCAGCCUACAACUUCCUCAGUAAUAGACAUCCCUGACCCCUCAGAGUUUGAGGCAUCGCCAACAAUGCUUUCUACAGGUACUUCAGGCAGCACUAAUACAUUAUCUAAUUCAAGUGCAACAACACCAAAUUCAUUAUGUAGCGUUUCAGACGCAUUGGGCGUGCAUGUCCCAGAUAACCUGAGACAAAACAUAUAUGAUAAUGCAUUCAUUCACUUGCAUAAAUUACUUCCUCUCAAACCAAAUGACGAGCCCCAGCAACAGCUCGCAUUUGUCGCUGGCGAAUUAGUGUUAAAGGCUAAGCAUAAGGAAAUCAAAAUAACUUCAAUCGAAACAUGGACAAAUGCUUUCCUCAUUUUCAGCAGCAUUUACUUGACUAAGUUCCCUGAACACAUUCAAUCAAUCCUUAAAUACAUUAACAUCAUACGCACUGCUGCACAGCGAUCAUCAAACUUAAACUGACUCAAUUAU